CAGCCGUGUGGAUCACUAAAAAUAUGUGUGCCAAGGCAAUCAUCUUUCUGCUUAGCUUAGUGCUCUUCAUCAUAGUCUCUCAAGGGCAUCCAGAGAGCCGCAUUGUAGGCGGCUUUGCAGUCAAUAGUGUGCGGCAUCCGUACAUGGCAUCUUUGCGUUACAGGCGAAAUGUACUUGAUGGGAGUGGCUACCUUCACGAAUGUGCAGGCGUUAUCUACUCGGAACGUGCGAUUGUGACGGCUGCCCAGUGUUUGUGGGGAUUAAGUGAAGGCAGCAAGUUAAUGGCUGUGGUCGGUGCGCAAACACGCAAUGGCACCGAUGGAAUGAUCUAUCCUAUAUCGCAGUGGAGCUACCAUCCGAAUUUUGAUUACUAUACCGCUGACUAUGACAUUGGAGUGGUAGUACUAGCAAUGCCAAUGGACUUGGCCGGCCAUGAGGUGCGUGCGAUCGGAAUACGAACCGAGCGGCCAGGGGUUGGGCGCAAUGCGAUUGCGGCUGGCUGGGGCUACCGCGAAGAGGGAGGUCCAUCCAGUUAUUGGCUGGAACAGGUACAUGUACCAAUAGUAAGCGUGGAAAAGUGCGGUGAAGUUUAUGGGGCGAAUCAAAUAACAGAGCGUAUGAUUUGUGCAGGUGACUUAACAGAGGGAGGUCGCGACGCCUGCCAGGGUGAUACAGGCGGACCGUUAGUCAUUGACGAACAAUUAGUCGGUCUGGUGUCAUGGGGCCGUGGCUGUGCAAGGAUAGGCUACCCAACAGUAUAUACGUAUGUUAGUAGCCUAAAAGAUUGGAUAGACGAGACGUUGGCGGCGAUUAAUGAAUUAUAAGUGCAAACUAUGUCCAAAAUCGAAAGUUCGAGUAGUUGAUACCAGCUAGUGGGCACUAGCUUAUCGUUAUCGCAAUAGAUUGCACAUAAUUGAAUAAUACAAUUUACUUCAAUUAAGUAACAGGAAAUAAAGAAAAAUUACCGAAAAAACAUGCAA